AUGCGUAUAUGGCAGCGGGUGCAGUACGCACUCGAUACAGCCAUGGGUCUUGGAUCUCACUUCCCUCCCCUUGCCCCUGCUGUUGCGCUGAAUGGAUGUCACUCUCAAGGAAUGUCCAAUAGAAGCGAAUACGGGAUAAAGCAAAUGGUUGAAGACAUGCGGAUACUUCUGGGCGUUCCCAAACGAAGGACUGCUAAACCGAUAAAAGAUACGCGAAAGUUCUCGUACACUCGGCUUCUGCAGCCCACUACCGACUUGGUGACUUGCCCAUCCUGUGGAUCUCUUCAUCAGUCAGCAACUAUCUGCGGAAAAUGCUAUGAAAAGGUCCACGAGUUGACAAAUGAAAUCAAGCAGAAAAUGAUGGCAUACAACCCAUACAAAGGAGAGCGACAAGAUAAACAGGUUAUGGUACGAUUUUCCAAUGAUGAAGUAGUGGAUGAUGGAGUGCUGAAUGGAAAAAGGAUAAUUGAAAUGGAAAAGGAGAGGCCAACUUGGUUUAAAAAGCUGUUUUAA